AUGCCGUAUGACACACCUCCCUGCCCGUAGGCAGCCAGGGGCGGACACUGACCCACAGUGAAAUACCACCUAACCUAACACUAACGACUGGUGACCUGACGAGCCCACGACACUACCGACCCCAAGGGUUUACUGCAAUUAACCUAGAAAGUGGACAAGCGGGAUACCGUGCCCACACAUCCACCAACCAGCAGUACCCCUACCACGAGUCACCUCUGCGACACAACACCACCAACACCCAUUUCCCUACAUUGAUACCACUAAACACUACCCCUAUCCACAACUCCCCUCCUGCUGCCCUAACCCCCACUCACCGUGUCUACCCCAUCCCGUUACCUGAUCCUUUUCACCCCACUACCUCCACACCCCCAGUUACCCCCCCAACACCAGACCCUCCCCCCGUGGACCUCUACAUCCACAUUCCCUCCACCAUGGGCUCGCCCCCUCCUGCUCCCUACACCCCUGGCGCCGGAGGAAAACAGCGAGAAGGCAUCACCUUCUACAUGAUCAAUGCGAGAGGCCUGUAUUCCCCUCAUAAAAGAGUGAGGGCGCUGCGGGGGAUAAGGGCACUCUGGGUAUUGAUCACCUUCUUUCAAGAAACCCACUUCCUCACAGCCCAGGCCCUCAGAUUCUCCAAUAAAUACUACCCUACUGGCUACUUCACACAUAACCCCUCAUCUAAAACCAACGGCAGACACCCCAUUCAGCCUGGAAGCCAAACAAGCGGAUAA